AUGAAGGUCUUCGCUACCCUCGCCGCCAUCGUAUCUGUUACUACUGCGCAGGCUACGCUAGGCUACUGGAAGCUUUAUUGCGGUGAUUCCUGCUCAACUGGCACCCUCAUUAACCAAGGAAAUUUCAUCACUAAUGUCACCACUGACUGCACUUCUCUCGGCGCUACAUACGAGUACUGCUACCUCGAGGUCCCUGAGGAGUACCAAGCCAUUUACCAUUUGUCACUCUCCGCUGGCACUGCCUGCGGAUUGCCUACUAUUCUCGGCGGCGGAGAAUGCACCAGUGCUGGAAGCUGGGACUCCUAUGAGAUGGUCUACAGCGCUUGA